AUGGCCGCGGCCUCCUCCCCGCCCAGGGCCGAGAGGAAGCGCUGGGGCUGGGGCCGCCUGCCGGGCGCCCGGCGGGGCAGCGCGGGCCUGGCCAAGAAGUGCCCCUUCUCCCUGGAGCUGGCUGAGGGCGGCCCGGCGGGCGGCGCGCUCUAUGCGCCCAUCGCGCCUCCCGGCACCCAGGGGCCCGCGCUCCCCGCGUCUCCGGCCCCGCCGGCCGCGCCCCCCGCAGCCGCCGACCUUGGCCCGCGGCCGCCGGUGAGCCUCGACCCGCGCGUCUCCAUCUACAGCGCGCGCCGCCCGCUGCUCGCGCGCACCCACAUCCAGGGCCGCGUCUACAACUUCCUCGAGCGCCCCACGGGCUGGAAGUGCUUCGUCUACCACUUCGCCGUCUUCCUCAUCGUCCUGGCCUGCCUCAUCUUCAGCGUGCUGUCUACCAUCGAGCAGUAUGUCACUCUGGCCACAGGGACCCUCUUCUGGAUGGAGAUCGUCCUGGUGGUGUUCUUUGGGACAGAGUACGCCGUCCGCCUCUGGUCAGCAGGCUGCCGCAGCAAGUACGUGGGCAUCUGGGGGCGGCUGCGCUUUGCCCGGAAGCCCAUUUCCAUCAUUGACCUCAUUGUGGUUGUGGCCUCCAUGGUUGUCCUCUGCGUGGGCUCCAAAGGGCAGGUGUUUGCCACCUCAGCCAUCAGGGGCAUCCGAUUCCUUCAGAUCCUGAGAAUGCUGCAUGUCGACCGCCAGGGAGGCACCUGGAGGCUGCUGGGCUCCGUGGUCUUCAUCCACCGUCAGGAGCUGAUAACCACCUUGUACAUCGGCUUCCUGGGCCUCAUCUUCUCCUCGUACUUCGUGUACCUGGCCGAGAAGGACGCCGUGAACGAGUCGGGCCGUGUCGAGUUUGGCAGCUAUGCAGAUGCCCUUUGGUGGGGGGUGGUCACUGUCACCACCAUUGGCUAUGGAGACAAAGUGCCCCAGACGUGGGUCGGGAAGACCAUUGCCUCCUGCUUCUCCGUCUUCGCUAUCUCCUUCUUCGCACUCCCGGCGGGGAUCCUCGGCUCGGGCUUUGCCCUGAAGGUGCAGCAGAAACAGAGGCAGAAACACUUCAACCGGCAGAUUCCGGCGGCAGCCUCGCUCAUUCAGACGGCGUGGAGGUGCUACGCAGCUGAGAAUCCCGACUCCUCCACCUGGAAGAUCUACGUGCGGAAGCCCUCCCGGAGCCACGCUCUGCUCUCCCCCAGCCCCAAGCCCAAGAAGUCUGCCAUGGUAAAGAAAAAAAAGUUCAAACUGGACAAGGACAAUGGAGUGAGUCCCGGAGAGAAGACUCUCACGGUCCCUCACAUCACGUGUGACCUCGUCUCGGAGGAGCGGAGGCCAGACCAUUUCUUGGUGGAGAGCUGUGACAAUUCUGUGAAGAAGAGCCCCACACUGCUAGAAGUGAGCACGGCCCAUUUCAUGAGAACCAACAGCUUUGCUGAGGACCUGGACCUGGAAGGGGAGACGCUGCUGGCUCCCAUCACCCACGUGUCACAGCUACGGGAGCACCAUCGGGCCACCAUCAAGGUCAUUCGGCGCAUGCAGUACUUUGUGGCCAAGAAGAAAUUCCAGCAAGCGCGGAAGCCCUAUGAUGUGCGGGACGUCAUUGAGCAGUACUCCCAGGGCCACCUCAACCUCAUGGUGCGCAUCAAAGAGCUGCAGAGAAGGCUGGACCAGUCCAUCGGAAAGCCCUCCCUCUUCAUCUCCGGCUCAGAAAAGAGCAAGGACCGCGGCAAUAACACCAUCGGCGCCCGCCUGAACCGCGUGGAGGACAAGGUGACGCAGCUGGACCAGAGGCUGGUGCUCAUCACAGACAUGCUGCACCAGCUGCUCUCCUUGCACCACGGCAGCCCCCCGGGCGGCCGUCCCCCCAGCGGGGACGAGGCCCAAGUGGUCCAGCCCUGUGGUGGCGGCUCCAUCAACCCCGAGCUCUUCCUGCCCAGCAACGCCCUGCCCACCUACGAACAGCUGACCGUGCCCCACAGGGGCCCUGACGAGGGGUCCUGAGGGGCCCAGGGCAAGAGGGGAGGUCCACCCCACCUCCCACUCGGCAGGGGCACCCAUGGAGCCACAGCCACCUCCUUGAAGGCCCGAGAGAGCAGCCCCUCUCUCCCUGGCCCUGGCCCCCCAGUGGGCCGUGCCACCCCUCGAGCCUGAGCUGGGGGUUCACCAAGGCCGCCUCUUCCCGGCCAGCAGGUACUAGAACUUGGCUGGGUGAGGGGCCCCUCUCAGCUCUGAUGCUGUGCCCCUCCCCCAUCGCUUGUGUGGUUGGGACACAGUGGCAGGGGGUCUGGCUGGCCCCCCGCAGGGCUGGACAUCCCGGGCACUUAGUCUGUCCCACGUAUGGCCAGGAAGCAGCAUAGAUGAAUGCAGGCCCCCCUGGUAGGCCCCAGGGGGCUUCCUGAGGGGAGAGAGAGGGACAGCCUGGACAGGGUCUGUGGGUACCCCACCCCCAGCCUCAAAUCCAGGACUCAGGUGGACCCGGGGAGGAAGCCAGCAGGGCAGGGCGGGCCCAGCCCAUGACGAAUAAGGACACAGGACCCAGGCCCACGAGCCCCCCUCCGAGGGUCCAGGCCUGGGCCUCCUCCCUCCGUCUCCAGAGAUGAUGACUCGAUUGACCCCGGGCUGUGAGGGGAGCUGAUCCUGAGGCCACAGCUUCCAGCAGGAGGGACAAGGCCCACCGCUGGCCCCUGACUGCUUCACUGGGGGUGGAAUGUCCCCCAGUUGGACUGGCAGCUUCUCCUACCCGUGCUGGAGAGAAGAGGAAGGCCCCCUCCGACCUGGCGCUGUGUGCAGCCCCUACCUCCAGCUCCCUGCCUGGUCCGAGUGGCUGGACAGACACACAGAACUGUCCCCUCACCUGACCAGCUGCUGUGCCGUGAGGGAGCCCAAGGGUGUCACAGCCUCUCCACAGGGCGGGGGCUGCUGGGCAUUACAUCUCGCAGAAAUCAGAAUAAUUUGUGGCGAUUUGGAAUCUGUUUUAAUGAGCUUCACAGUGUGAUUUUGAUUGAUUGUGCUGGCUUUUCCUAAUAAACGCGGAGAGCCGCGGACUUGA